GGAUUAUCGCCAACAUCAACUCUUGUGUCAUUGUGUCUUGUGGUUUUCUUGAAAAGGAUGAUCAAGGAACCGCUGCAGAGGAUGACUUCAAUUUACUGGGCUUAUGGGCUAUCAUUCAGUAUGAACAACCUGCUUUCGAAAGGAUAUGAUAUCCACAUACAUAAACUUGUUUCCGAGUAAUAUAUUUGCUUCCAAGAAUCAGCAAAACGUCAUAUGCAGCAACAAAGAAUAACAGGACAGGUAGGUCGAGGGCACAGAAAGGUCGGUAUCAUUUGAAUAUAUAAGAGAUGUUAAGAUCUAUCUUUUAUUUCCUCUUUCCUUCAUUCUCUCAAACAGAACUCUUCGUGCGCAGAACAAUCCAUUACGCCCAUUAAAAUCGCCCUCAAAAACAAUUACUUCUUCCUCUUGACUUCCAAUACCUCUUUCCAAACAUUCAACAUGGCCAAUACCGUUUUUGUCGUCCUUGCGAGCAUCACAACCAUUGUUUUUCUCGUUGGAGGUGCCUAUGCCGCGGGACUUCUCGAUGAAUAUAUCGAGGCAUUGGGCGUUUUCGCAUUUAAAUUCAAGGCCAAGGCUGAAGCAAAGAAGAUGGGUCUUCAAGGUCUUCAAGAAGGAACAGAUUUCCUCGCAAGUGACCUGAAGGGGAAUCAACAAGCCAAAAAUGUUCGAGAAGGAAAAGGGCCCAUUGGCGGAUUGAAGACCGACGGAGAGGGCGUUGCAAAUGGAAUCUUGGGAGGGGCCGACUCUUGUGGAGAUGGAUUGGUUGGAGGAUUGAAAUCUGGUGGAGAAGGCUUGACUGGAAAAGUUUUUUAAGGAUAAAAUUUCUCGACGGAGUCUCCUUUAGUGUGACGAGGUAACGAGCUAUCGAUUACGAAUAUUACGAAAUGCACGGAAAGAAAAGCGGAUGGUUUAUGACUGCGGGGUUCAGUCGGUUUGAUUAGUUUCGUAAACAAGACGUCGGCUGUGGAAAACACGUCGGUGCUAAUGACUUAUGAUUGGGGGUUUCAGAUGUAACGAUGCGAUGAACUGUAUUGAUAGAGAAAAUGAUAUCACGGCGAACGUGGGACGGCGUUGCCAUACGCACACAGGAAUCACAAGAUGCAUGAGUGUCUGACGCGUGAAUCCAUGCAUGGCCCCUUUGGACCCCAUCGUCAGUCGAUGUUCGUUCUCACUUGUGACCCUUUUUCCCCUUUUCAGAUGAUGCAGUUGACCAGAAAUCCAAGUCGAGUUGCAAACCAUGGAUGGUUAUAUUAGCAAAAUAGCCAUUUCUUCCACGCCA